CGCUCUCCCAGCUGGGAAGCGUAGUUUCUCCCUCCUUGUCUUCCCGGGGUGGGGAGGGCCUGAACUACAGCUGAGUCUCUACAGCGCACGCCCUUGGCCUCAUGGGUUAGGACUGUCUGCGCAGAUGACCAGCUGAGCUUCUUUCGACCAGUUUCCCGGGACUUCUUGAGAGGAUGAGAUGGGGUGGCGGUCGAGACCUGGGACCCCGGCCGCUGCCGUUUAGGUCGUUAAGAGCCAGCCCCACCGCCGAAGUCCUUCUUGUACGCUCGGCUUCCCGGCUUUCAGAGCACACCCCCCCUCCCCCCCGCCAAAGAAGACACCGACUCGUCUCGCGGGCACUUACCCCGGCCCUUUUUUUCCCUCAGUCCUCAGCCCCAUCCCUGAGCCCGACCCUCCAGCCGGCCCCUAACUUUCAAAGCAGACGCUGGGCUGGAGGAGAGAGUUCUGCCUGAGAUGGGACUUAGACUCCUUGGGAACCUUGAUUCCCAGGGAAGAAUGGCAGUGACCCCUCAGGGAUUGGGGACCAAUCAGGCAGCCUAGAAAGAGGGUGAUUAUACAAACAGAUGUAAAAGACCCACUUAACAACAUGUGUGAACCUGUCUACAAGGCGGAAUAUGAGAUGCGAAGAAUCCAGUUUCAACCGAGUGGUGUUACCAGAAAAAGAUGCCAUCACAAUGUUGGUUUGUGUUUAUUUUCCAUUGACCUUAUGGGUGAAGAUAUCCUUCACCCUUACUCCAUCUGACUAUGUUCCAACCCAUCCGAUGUUGCAUCACCAGGUUAAGAGAUAUGGAGAUCUCUACAGGGAUUUGGAGAGGAGUCCCAAUAAUUAUUAAAAUUCUGGACUAGAUCUACUAGAAAAGGUAAAGAAACAAAGAAUCUACUAGGAAGGAGGAAUUAUAAUGCUUUUCAAUAGAUGUCAACUGGGUGUCAUGCCUUGUUGGAAAAUUAAAUGAGAAAAUAGAUUUAUGAUCCAACCUAAAGACCUUUAGGUAAGAGCUAAGGAAGACACGAAUCCUUAAAUAAAUUUUAAGAAGGUUUAUUGAGGCAGCUCUUUGGAGAGUUUUUUAAAAGGUAGAUUAAUCCCUAUAAUGACCCCAUGAGAUAGGUAUUACUAUUCCCUAUCUAUAGAAGUGAAAAUUGAAGUUCAUAGGUUAAGCAGUUUACCAAAAAUGAUAAAGCUGGUGGUGAGUGACAAAGCCAAGGUUUGAAUCCAGCCCUGUGUUGUCACAUUCCUUCCACCAUACCAGCCUACUUCCCCUAACUCAAAACUGGGUGAUGUGCUAAAGGACCAAUGAGACUCCAGCUUUCUGAGCUCAUUCAAAGCAGAAACAGUAUCUUACUCAACUGCUUUUUGCACACCUACCACAAUACCUAACCCUUGGCAAGGAUCAGUAAAUGUAUUUGAAUUGAAUUGAUGGGAACCUGAUCCUUUCUGAAGAGGUAACAUUUAAGCAAGACGCCAAUGAAGAGGAGUCUGAAGAAGUAACAUUUAAGCAAGACGCCAAUGAAGAGGAGUCAGUCCCCAACAUAUUGGGGAAGAACAUUACAAGCAAAGGGCACAGCGAGUACAAAGACCCUGAGGUAGAUGGACUAUAAGGCCCUUGCCCAACAAACUGCACAAGAAAUUUUAGGUUACUAUCAAGAUACAUCAGGCUGGAAACUGAAUAAGACUUCAAAAAAGAUAACCGUUGCCAGCAAGGCUUCUAAAAAAUUCCAUGGAAAUCUAUAUCGUGUUGAAGGAGUAAUUCCAGAAUCAACAUCUAAACUAUCUGACUUCCUCUGCAAACCUGAAAACAGAGUUACAUGGGACAAAUCAUUGAAAGUGUGCAAUAUGGUACAAAAGAUUGAUUCGGACAUGUUCAUAUGUCAUACCAUUACACAAAGUUUUGCCAUGGGCUCGAUUUCUCCCCGAGACUUUAUCGACUUAGUGUAUUUGAAGCACUACGAAGGGAAUAUGGAUGUUAUCAUUUCUACUAGUGUGAAUUUUCCAGGAUGUCCUCCAUCUUCAAGUUACAUCCGUGGUUACAACCAUUGUUGUGGCUAUAUAUGUUCACCUCUGCAAGAGAAUCCAGCACAUUCCAAACUUGUGAUGUUUGUCCAGACAGAAAUGAGAGGAAAAUUGGCCCCAUCAGUAAUUGAAGCAACCAUGCCUUCCAAUUUAGUGAGCUUCAUUCUCAAUGUAAAAGAUGGAUUAAAGACACACAAAAUUCCAUCAGGAAGUGGAUAUCAUCAUAAUGGGCAUUCAUCAUUCCUAAAUAAGAAAUGAGGCCAUUUAAAAUCGUGUGUGGCAGUUGCUGCCUUUUACUUCUAAGUUAACAUUCACAAAUACUGUUACACUAUUCUAGACAGUGUUCUUGAACAAAUUACUUUGUGAAAAUAAGAGCUCAUAGUUGUACAAGAAAACAGCAUUAAAUCUAGUUUUUAAUCUCAUAUAAGAAUAAUGUUACACUUAAUACACUUAAUACACCUUUAUCGUUCUUAAUACACUUUUAUCGUUUGAUAUUUUUCCCCUGGAAAGUGUUCUGCAAAAAGCAUCAAUAAGAAGCAUAUACAGUCAGAAGUCAGCAUUAAUUAAAGAUUAAAAUAUACUUUAAAUUUCUUUCACUUAAUGCUUCAGUUGAUUACUGUAGGAAACAUGAACAUAGCAAUUGAGAAGAAUUCCAUUAAAAUGUUUGACAGCUGAUGUCUGGAAUCUAAAACUGAAUUAUAAGUCAAUUUUUAGUCUGGCCAGAAUGCAGUAGCCCAGUCCUCCCAAGUCCUCCCUUAUAAAACUAAAAGACCCUGCAUGUACCAUAACAGACAAGGAUAGGAAGACUCCAACAUAGGUAGGAAGAAGAAGGCAAACUGGCCAAGGACCUUGGGACUUGAAUGUCAGAGCAGUGACUUCUCUGGAUUUUCCUAUUGCUGUCUGUAUAUUUGGAAAAAAAGGGCACUGCAGAAGUCUCCAGCCUGGAACUGCUAACAGGCAGAUAGGAAAAAACAAAAACAAAAAAAAACAGUGGGGAGGCUUUAAGAAACAGUCUGCUCCCUUUCUGCUCCUCACCAUAGGAGUGUGCACAAAAGCGUACCCCAUAGAACACCAGCCAAACAUCAACCUAAAAACUGCACCCACCCUACCACAUGGUGCCUGUGGGUAAAACAGAGAGUCAUCUUCCAUCCCACCUCCUCUCUGUCCUGCAGAGACAGGCAGUGGUACUUGGAUACCCCCACUGGUGUCAGCAAGGUUGAGCAGGAAGCUCAUCUUCCACCUUCCACCCAGCAGAGGUAGAGGUGCUUUGACAGCCCUGUUGGAGUGGUGUUAGUAGGACCCAGUGGAAAAGUGAGCAUCCAUCCCACCUGGCAGCAACAGAACUUAACCAAUUAGCUCAAAAGAAGGCUAGUCACCAUUCAGCUUCCCUGAUCCCCAGGGUCACUGCUGAGCCUGUCCCCACCCGGCAGCAAUGUUUUCCCCUCUGUAAUGUGUCAAAUGGUAGCCUCCAAAAGAUCUGUUCUUGUUGGAGUUCCCUUGUGACACAGUUGGUUAAGGAUACAGCAUCACUGUGGUGGCUCUGGUUGCUGCUGUGGUACAGGUUCAAUCCUGGCCCAGGAACUUCUUCCUCAUGCCACAGAUGUGGCCAAAACAAAAAGGAAAAAAACAAUAACCCAAAAGAUACGUCCUUGUCAAACUCCUGGAACCUUGAAUGUGACCUUAUUUGGGAAAAGGAUCCUGGCAGAUGUAAUUAAGUUAAGCACCUCAGAGUGAGAUCAUCCUGGAUUACCUGGGUGGGCCCUAAAUCCAGUCACAGGUGUCCCAUAAGAGAGGCACAAAGGAGAGACCUGUGGAGAAGAGGAGGUCAUGUGAAGGCAGAGGCAGAGAUUGGGGCUUUGCAAUCACAAGCUAAGGAACACUUCCAGCCACCAGAAGCUGCAAGAGGCUAAGAAGGAUUCUCUCCUGGAGCCUUCGGAGGGAGUGUGGCCCUGCCAAAUCUUUGAUUUCAGACUUCUGGCCUCCAGAAGUAUGAGACUAGAUUUCUGUUCCUUUAAACCAACUUUGUGGUAAUUUGUUACAAGAGCUGUAGGGAACUAAUAUACCCUCUCUGGUGUUAGCAGGGCUUAGUGGAAAUCUGGGCCACCGAUCCUCCCUGGCAUCAAUGGGGUGAAACUAGGUGCUGACACUGGGCCAGUUAGCACUCCACUUCCCUUUCUCCUCCCUGGUGUCCUCAGUGGGGAGGCGAGCUUGGAGGCCACAAGUCUAUGUCAAUCAGUGCCUUUUUUUGCCAGGAAGGAGAGCCGAACUGCCACUUCACACCUGCAGUGAGUGUCAGUCAUGCUCUGCUUUUGCCAGGCCCCUGUGGGAAGCUGAACGUACACACACAUUACACUCACCUAGGAGACUACCUGCUGAGAUGGCAGGUGCAGUAGGAUUCAGGGUCCUUCAGAAAGGAAAGAAGAAAUGGGUAAAAAAAAAAAAAAAAAAAAAAAAAAAAAAAAAAAAAAAAAAGUCAUGUACUGUCCUCAGGAGAACAUAUUAAAUCACAUUUGAUGGUUGACAAAGGUACAAAAGCAACUUAGUGGAGCAAGGACAGACUUUCAGCAAAUGGUGUUGGAGUAACUAACAUCCAAAAGCCUAACCUUGCACUUCAUACAGAAGCGAACUUAACCUGGAACAUGGCUUAAAUGUAAAACAUAAAACUAUAAAACUUUAGGGGAAAAAAGCUUCAGAACCUACAGCUAGGCAGAGUUCUGACACUGGAUACCAAAAGUAUAAUCUAUAUAAGAAAAAAUGAAAAAAAAAAAAA